CCUUCCAUCCACCAGUCCACAACAAUUCCCUCCCAUGAGCCCCUUUGCAACGGACAUGCCUAUGUCUCCACCCUUGGACAUAUCAUUGAGUUCCCAGGUCGACAAAGAUUUCCCUUCGGUGGACCUCAGUUUCCUACCGGACGAUUUGGACCGGAAUAGCAAGGAGGACAACAUGCUGAGAGAUCAACAUGGCGCUCUGUCGGAGAUGCAAGAGAAUGGGACGUUUUUGGACAACAGCAGUCCAUCUCGGCCGAGGGAUGGAAACGCAGCUCAGCCAUCAUCUGAUUCACUGGGGGGCUUCUUCCCUGUGACCCCAAUGACUCCAAUGACUCCAACCUCCGAAAGUUCAGGCAUCGUUCCCCAAUUACAGAAUAUAGUGGCCACUGUCAAUCUGGCUUGCAAGCUGGACCUCAAGAAUAUAGCCCUUCAUGCCAGAAAUGCAGAAUACAACCCCAAGAGGUUUGCUGCUGUGAUCAUGAGAAUCAGAGAACCGAGAACAACUGCUCUUAUAUUUAGUUCCGGCAAAAUGGUCUGCACGGGAGCCAAAAGUGAAGAGCAGUCCCGGCUGGCUGCCCGGAAGUACGCUCGCGUGGUGCAGAAACUUGGCUUCCCAGCAAAAUUCCUGGAUUUCAAAAUCCAAAACAUGGUCGGCAGUUGUGAUGUGAAGUUCUCUAUCCGGCUGGAAGGCUUGGUUCUCACUCAUCAGCAGUUCAGUAGCUAUGAACCGGAACUGUUUCCAGGCCUCAUCUACAGAAUGGUCAAACCGAGGAUCGUUCUGCUGAUCUUUGUAUCGGGAAAAGUUGUAUUGACAGGCGCCAAGGACCGUUCCGAGAUAUACGAAGCCUUCGAAAACAUCUACCCAAUCUUGAAAGGUUUCAAGAAAUCGUCUUAA